UUGACCUUUUGUGUUCCGCCAGCCUGUGCUUGUAUUUAACGGAUGCCAGGACAGCAGACUGCCCCUUGGAGGUGUCUUGUGUUGACAUGACAGGCCCUCGUGCCAUGUCCUGGCCAUGUUCCGGAGACACAAGCCCAAUGCUGCUUCAGAGCACAAGAGGAAUCUUGCCGUUCAUGGAUCUGCCCUGCCCCAUAAUGACAUGAGGUCUUUCUUCAGCCUGUCUCAACUGGUCCUUUCUGCUGGCCACCUGAGACCUCCGCCAAUCCUAAGACAUUCAAAAAUCACAUACUUUGAAGUGGAGAUUCUUGAUGCCCAAAGCAAAAAGCAGAUCUGUGUAGUGGACAAGAUCCCGCCUUCAUCCACCCUUCUGGAUGUCAAGAACAAGUUUCACAAAGCAUGUCCUCAGUGGUAUCCAUCUCGCAUAGGCCUGCGACUGGAACGCAAUGGGCCCUACUUGAAAGAUUCAGUCAACAUAAAGAGCCUUGCAGCUUCUUCGAUCAUCACGCUGUACUUCACAGACAUGGGCCAGCAGGUCAGCUGGACAACAGUUUUCCUGACUGAAUAUACUGGCCCUCUCCUAAUCUAUCUGCUCUUUUACCUUCGUCUCUCCAGCAUUUACGAUGCGAAAGAGAGUGCCAGAAGCGUCCGACAUCCCAUUGUUCACCUGGCCUGCAUUUGCCACUGUUUGCAUUACGUCCGACAUCUUCUGGAGACGCUUUUUGUGCACAAGAUCUCUGAAGGGCACACGCCACUGAAGAACCUGAUCAAGGGCUGUACUUUCUACUGGGGAUUCACAUCUUGGAUUGCUUAUUAUAUCAACCACCCGCAAUACACUCCUCCAUCCUUUGGAAAUAGGCAAGUGACUUUUGCUGCACUUACUUUUCUGAUCUGUGAAGCUGGGAGUCAUUUCAUCAAUGUAGCUCUAGUCCAUCAGAAUCAAUCAGGAAAUAAAGCCUCUUUUCCAAGUCCGUCAAUCAACCCUUUCACAUGGCUGUUUACAGUGGUCUCCUGUCCAAACUAUACCUAUGAGUUCCUAUUCUUCUUUUCUUUGCAACAGAUCGGGUCUUGGGUUAGUUUCACAUUAAUGACGCAAACUCUGCCAGUGGGCGUUUUUGCAUUGCUGAUGGCAAUCCAGAUGGCACUUUGGGCUCGGAAGAAGCACCAGCUGUACUCGAAGAGGGCAACUUUCCCUAGGUGGAGAAAAGCAGCCAUGAUUCCAUUUAUACUGUAAAUGCAACUGGACUUGACGUGGAACUAGCAGGAGCAUUCACUCCAUUGAGU